AUGGGCACCAUAGAAGAAGCGCAAACAAUUGAAGAAAUAAGGCAGAACCUUCGAAAAUCAGCCGCUGAGCUUUCUCAGAUGAAACUGUACAAUUCGGCAAAGUGGUCAGCAGAAGCCCUAGUGGGAAUGUGUGAAUCUAUAUCUUAUCCAGACAUCGAAUCUAGUGGUUCAGGAAUACCUGCGUAUGACUCACCACUCCGAGGACGUGUUCAAGGACAUAACAAUAAUCAUAGUAAUUAUAGUAAUAACCAUACCAACACCAGUAAUAAUUCAACUAAGAAUAAUAUGAAUAGAAUGAUGAAUAGCAAAAUUAAUGGAAAUAAUACGAGUAAUAAUGCUAAUGAAAAUAAUAUGAAAUUCGAUACUCUAUCUAAGUCUAACACCUUUGGAUUUACUACUUCAGAAAAUGAUUUAUAUUUAUUGGCAUCGUCAUUAUUUGAUUUAAAAGAGUUUGAUAGAGCUGCAUUUUUUUUAAAAAAUGCCACUAAUCCAUGCUUAGUAUUUCUAAGACUAUACAGCAUGUAUCUUUCAUGGGAUAAAAAAGUUCAAGAGUCAGCAGAGAGCUUGUUGCUAACAGGGAAACGCCCAAACAAAUCUAAUGAACAAACUGAAGAAGAAGUGGGUAAUAUUAUGCUAGGAUCUUUUUAUGGAUUUAAAUCAGAUAAUAAAACUACCAAUAAGGAUUCAAUGACAGUUUCGAUUGGAAAUGGUCAAGAUUUAAGCGUUGGACUAAUACUGAAGGAAGUAAAUCAAUAUAUAGCCGAAUACGAAACAAAAGUUGAAGAACAACAUAAAGGAAUAGGAUUUGCAUUAAUUUACUACCUUAAAGGUAUUCUACAAAAAGCAGAAAACAACAAGAAACACGCUGUAUCAUCUAUUCUCAAGUCACUUUCUUAUUAUUCUUUUAAUUGGACUUGCUGGGUUGAAUUGACAGAUUGCUUAGAGCGCCCUGAUGAAUCAGUACAGCUAUUACGAUACUUGAAAGAGAAAUUUUAUUUUAAUUGUUUAGAGCAUUCACCUACACAGCAACAUCCCUCCCUCAAUAUCAUGAUUAAAUUUUUUAAAUUAAAUUUGUUGCAAGAAUUUAGCAAUAACUUUGUCGAUGAAUUUGGUGAAGAAUUAGAUUUAUUAUUUUCUACAUUUCCAAAAUUUGCAUUUUUAAAAGCUCAAACUGCAAUAAUUAACCAUAAUUAUAUGGUUUACAAAACCUCGUGCUCUCUAUUUGAAGAAGUUAUUAAAAUGGAUCCUUAUAGACUCGAUGACUUAGAUGUAUACUCACAUAUAUUGUUCGUCAUGGAAAAGCAGCCUGAAUUAUCAUAUUUGGCUCAAUUUGCAUCACAAAUAGAUAGAUUUCGACCGGAAACAUGCUGCAUCAUUGCCAAUUUCUAUAGUACCAGACAGGAACAUGAAAAAUCUAUUAUGUAUUUUAGAAGAGCACUGACUUUGAAUAAAAAAAAUACAAGCGCAUGGACAUUAAUGGGCCAUGAAUUCGUGGAGCUGAAAAAUUCCCAUGCCGCCAUUGAAUGCUACCGAAGAGCUGUAGAUAUAAAUCCAAGAGAUUUUAAAGCAUGGUAUGGACUUGGCCAAGCAUAUGAAGUAUUAGAUAUGCACUUAUAUUCAUUAUAUUAUUUUCAAAAGGCGUGUGCUCUAAAGCCUUUAGACAAGAGAAUGUGGCAAGCUUUAGGAGAGUGCUAUUUUAUUGUAGACAAUACCGAUUCUGCACUUAAAUGUUAUAAACGUGCAUUACAAUUAUCAGAUUUAGCGUUACAAGACUCAAUAAUAUUAUAUAAAUUGGCUAUAUUAUAUGAAAAGAUGGAUGAUAUUGAAAACUGUAAGAAAAUGAUGAUUCAAACAUUAGAUGUAGAGGAACUAACUGAUGGUGCUGUUACAGACGAAACAGCCAAAGCAAGGAUUUGGCUAACAAGAUAUGAACAGUCUUGCCAUAAUUACAAAGCUGCCUAUAAUUAUGCUAUAAAAGUAACGCAUGGUACUUCUCAAGAAAUCGAGGAGGCAAGAGGAAUAGCAAGAGAAUGCCAAAAAAAGUUAAAUAAGCUAGGUAUAUAG